AUGAAGUUCUCUACUAUCCUCGCUAUCGUCUGCCAUGAACCACCCGUAGAAGGCGCCUGCUUCAAUGCUACCAUCAACGAGUUCCAGCUCGGCUGUACAGAAGGAUACGACUGCUUUGACAACAUGUGCGAGUGCGUCAUUGAUGAUUAUUAUCCUACCGCUGCCCCGACGGCAGCUCCUACCUCUGCCCCGACAAGAGCACCAACUACCGCUCCAACUACCGGCCCCACUACCGCCCCAACUGCUGCUCCAACUGCAGCACCGACAGAUGCACCAACGAACGCGCCAAGUCCUGAAUCUGGCGGCUUCUUCUCCCCAUGCCCGACAGGAACGUACUGGGAGAUCGGAGCCACCGCGUGUCGUGGACCUCGGUAUGCUGGCGAAUGCUACAAUCCGGCCACUGCUAUGUUUCAGAACGGCUGCGCCGCUGGCUUCACGUGCAUCAACAACAAGUGCUCAACGAUCCCACCAGCAACUUUUUCCCCUUCCGUUUGCUAUCUACAGUGCCCCGACUCGGAAUUUUGCGAAAAUGGCACCAGCGUCUGUCGUGGUCCGACUUUCGCAGGCGAGUGCUUCAACAUUGCUACUGGACGAUUCCAGAACGGAUGUGGAGCAGGAUACCGGUGUGCUAGCAACCAGUGCGUCAGGGGUUAA